GAGUCUAAGAAUUGCUCAGAAGAAUUGCAGCUUCAACAUCAGAAUGAUAUGAUACUUGGACCUCUUAUUAAACUUUGUCAAACCACAGAGCAGGCUAAUUUACUAAUAAAAUUACUUGACUUUCUCAAGAAAAGAACUCUUCACUCUGUGAUAUCAGUUUCAUCCCCUAAAGGGAGAGGGAAAUCAGCUGCUUUUGGACUUGCUGUUGCCGGCUCUUUAGCACUGAACUAUUCAAAUAUAUAUUUGUCAUGCUUAAAUUAUAAUAAAGUGAAAAAUGUGUUCCAGUUUUUAUUUAAAGGCUUAGAUGCUUUAAACUACCAGGAGGAUACAGAUUAUGAUGUAAUAGAAUCAGUGAAUCCUGAAUUUCAGAAGGCUCUAAUUGGUGUCAAUGUAUUUAAGCAUCAUCCUCAAGCUGUUCGAUUUAUUUAUCCAAAUGAUGUUGAGCAGAAAUUGGAACAAGCUGAACUUGUAAUUAUUGAAGAUGCUGCAGCAAUUCCUUUUCAAUUACUGAAACGACUUGCUGGUUCUCAUGUGCUCUUAAUGUCCUCAACAGUUGAUAGCUGUGGUGGAUCUGGGAAAUUUUUACAUGAAAGCAUUAUUAAGGAUUUUCAAUCUUCAAAGUUACUAGGAAGUAGUAAUAAAUUAAGCAAAGAACUGAAUUUCACAUCUGUUGAGCAAAGAUUUGAAAGCAUAUCCUUGUCAGAACAUCUUAAUUAUGCUGCUGAUGAUGUUGUUGAAGUUUUUCUCAAUGAUUUACUGUGCUUUCAAACAGCAAUUGUUCCGCACUUAACUCAUGGUUGCCCUGAGCCACAAGAGUGUAGAUUAUUGUAUGUGUGUCGUGAAACUCUCUUUAGUCGCAACAGUUAUGCAGAAACCUUUUUACAACAGUUUAUGUCUUUAUUAUACUCUUCCAAAAGAACAAUAUCAGCAAAUUACAUUCUUGAAAUUGCAAAUGAUCCAGAUUACCACAUAUUUUGUCUUUUACCACCUCAUUCAAAUUCUAUGAAAUCAUCUCCAGAAAUUUUAUGUGCAAUAUUGGUCCAUGUAGAAAAUGUAAUUCCUCAAAACAUCAUAUAUUGUGGAAGCAAUAAUACAACUUUGAAUUUCCAGUGUUUUCAAGAUUGGAAAAUUUCAAAUAAGGAUAAUGGGCUUACAAUGGAGAGCACACAGGGAAUUCAUAUACUUGACAUUGUCUCUCAUCCCCAUUAUAGGCGAAUGGGUUAUGGUAUUCGAGCAUUACAACUGUUGCAAGAAUUUUAUGAAGGAAAAUGUAUUUCGUUGGAUGAAGACUUUGGUUGCCUUUCGCCUGAAACUGCUGAAUGUAGUAAAGUUGAAAGUAAUGUUUCAUCUCCUGAAAAGUUAUUAUAUCAACUAUCAGAGAGAAAAACUGAGCAAAUGCACUAUUUAUUUGCUUCUUUCAAUUUAACCCUUGAACUGUUAAAAUUUUGGAAAAAAUCUGGAUUUGUUCCUGUAUAUAUAUCUCCAGAAAAGAACUCAUCCUGUGAACACAUCUGUUUAAUGAUGAAAAGUUUGACUAAAGAAUUUGAUCAGAAAGUACAAGAAUAUUGGAGAUGUUUUAAGGAAUAUUAUUUCAUUCUUUUAUGUUCAACAUGCAGAGACCUUCCAUCUUCUUUUGCUUUAAACUUACUGCAUUCAUCUGUGAACAAGCAACUGUUUAGUAAAGACCUCACUAAAGCUGAAAUAGAUAUUUAUCUCAAUCCACAUCGUAUGAAAUCUCUUGAAAAAUACUGCCAAAAUCUUGGAGACAUUCACUGCAUAAUUCCAUGCAUUCCAGUUCUAACAAAGCUGUAUUUUAGAAAUCAUUUUAAAGAUAUACAUCUCCCAAUUGUGCAAGAGGUAAUUUUGCUUUCUCUUGGAGCCCAACGUAAAUCAGUUGAUGAAACAGCAAAAGAUUUAGGACUACCUGCCUCUCAAGUACAUGGCCUUCUUAACCGAACUAUCAGAAAAUUAACAAAAUAUUUGUCUGAUAUCAUAGAAAAAACCAUUGAAAAAUCAUUGGUUACACCAGAUGUCAAAAUGAAACCAGUUGCUGAAGAUCUUAAUGAAGAAUUGGAAAAAGAAGCAGAAAAAGUAAAGCAGCAACAAACAGAAAAUGUGGAGAAAUUAAAAGACUUAGAUUUUUCUCAAUAUGCCAUUAAAGGUUCUGAAGAAGACUGGGAAAAAGCUUUACAUAGUGGAAGAAAAACUCUUGUUAGCAUAAAAAGCAUCAAAAAGAAGCCUGAAGAAGUUGAAUUUCCAAAACCAAGUCAUAAUGUAUCAUUUAAAUCAAAGAAUAAGGACAAAAAGUUCAAGAAAAAGAGAUAAGAAGUUUCGUUCAAUAAUAUUUUGUUUAGAAAUGACAAUAAAUAUUGUUUGUUUUUA